UGGACGGAGAACCAUCCUUGGAAUAUUGGUCGGCCGUUGAUGAGUUUCAUUGAAGCUUCCUUGCCUCCUUCCUCUUCUUUUCUUCUUUUAUUUUUUCCGACUUUUGACUUUGGAUCCUUGAAAACGUGAUAUAAUAAAAACCUUAAGAAACCUACAGUUCAAAGAUUGUUCAAUCUCUUAAUUUUUCUUCUUCUAUAGCUGGUGUUCAACCAAACUGUCCUUCCAAGUUAUCAUCUUUCUCGUUUGGAGGCACAGAAAUAUGGCCGGAAUGCUUCCCGGAGUGGAAUCUGCCCGAAGGAGACGGAUCCAUGGAGGCACAAGGCGGUCACCUCUCUGUUUAUACACAAGCAGCCAUGAAAAGCAUCAUACCUAUACUACCCCUUCUUUGAGAAGUGUAUUUGACCCAGCAUACAAGGAUGAGGAAUUGGGAGGAGCAGCAAGAGAAGCCAAAGAGAGGUUGGAUGAGAGGUUGAGAGGAAAUAGAAACUCAGAAACCAAAAGGAGUAACACCAAAGACUGCUCGAGGUAUGUGGAGGCCAGCUCCAUGUUCCUUGGAAAGUCGCACACAGAGGCGUUGAGUUCAAAACAGAGUGGCUCAGAGAGGUUCAGUUGGGUCAAGCUGAGCUGGAUACCCUCGACCUCGGACCAAGAAAAUAAUGCAUUUUGCCUGUGAGAUGCUUGUUUGCCAUGACUAGAGAGCUAUGCUCAUUGGGCUUGUUAAGGAAUGGAAAUACUGAAAUAGAUAUAGUCUCAUAUUAAUCCUUUGUUAUUUCUUAAUUUGUAUAUAUGGCUAGAGAGCAGAGAGAAUAGGAAAAUAGAUAUAGUCUCACUGUGCCUGCCACCCUUGUCCUCUCCCCACGCCCUCUCUCCGUGCCAACCAAGGUGGUCAGGGACCACCUCAGGGUGGGCAAAAGACGCUAGCGGUCCGAGCAGCACCGCUGACGUGAAGCUCACGGUAGUGCAGUGCACAUUGGUGCACAUUUCGUACAUUGUGUGUGUGGUCGACGGCCGCCGUUAGUUGGCCGUGGUGGUCAGGAUUCACCUCUGAGCCGAUAGAAUGUUUUGGCGGUCCAAGUAGCAACCGCCAGAGGGGACAAGAAGAGCUUGUCGUGCAUGUUGGUGCACGUUUCUUGCAUGGCUUGCAUGGUUGAUAGCCGCUGUCCAUUGGCUUUGGUGGUCGGGAACCAUCCCGGGGGGACAGACAACGCUGGCAAG